UACAAAACAAACGCUGUCAGUCGGUAGCCGCUGCUCAAUAUAUCGUAAGGAAAACAACCUAACUUCUGCCGGUAUUUGUUUUUCGGCUGCAUUUCAUUCAAACGUUACACUGUUUCGAUUAUGUCAAAAGUAAAUUCGCUAAAGAAAAUGAAUAAUAUUGACAUCAAACUUUUAAUCGACGAAGUGCGGAAACGGCAGUCGCUCUGGGAUACGUCCGGGGACGAGCACUCGAAACUGCCGGAGCAGGCACGCCAGUGGGAGGAUUUGUGUAUAGCUAUGAUUCCCGAUUUCAACCAGUUGAACCCUAGUGACAAGCUGCAUAUAGGUCUUGAAAUGCAAAAAAAGUGGACUAACAUUCGUAUGUAUUUAAAACGAUCCCUUAAAGAUCGUGGCAAAAGAACGAGACCGUAUAUUUACGAAAAGAAUCUCUCGUUUCUGAACCUAACUACUAAGCAAUCAUCCAGGCUGGCACGCAACGAUGCAAUUGACAGUGAUUCAAAAGAUGAUGACCAGUGUAGUGAUGCAUCACUGGAUGGAAUAGGAAUGGCCACGCAAGCAGGACGUUCCUCGAAUCUUUCCUCCGAAACAAAAUUCGUAAGCCAAAAGGAAUCGAAUACAGGCGAUAAAAAUGAUGACAUUGAUUUUUUCCGAUCCCUACUACCACUGAUCGAGCCCCUUCCGCUACGACGAAAAUUAAGAUUCCGUAUGGAAGCAAUGAAAAAGGUGCUGGAAUUUACCGAAAAUGAUGAACCAAGACCCUCCGACACAUUACCACCGCCUCCGGAGCCAUCCACGUCCGGCGUGUCAACUACGCUAAAAAAACGAUCCGAUGUUGGUAGUCCAACUUUAACACUAAUUAAAGGUGAGGAGUGUGACAUAAGUGAUGAUGAUUUUUAAGGUCAUAUGAAUUGAAUGACUGGUUAUAGUUGUACUAAACUUCGUAUUUUGUGUAAAUAAACGAUUAUUAAUUUAAA